AAAAACUUGUUUUCUUGUCGAAAGAUAUCCUGCGUUUUGCACACACUUUACUCUCAUUCCAGACGUGAUGUUCCGUAACUCGUUGAUUUUUUUGAUUAUUUGUAGUGCUGUAAAUGGUGCUUCGAUCGACUAUCUCAACCGACGCCAAGCUGUAAUCGAUGCAGAGAAGAAACAAGCAACGGGGGGACGCGUUUUUCUUACCGCCAAAGAAUCAAAGGCGGACGAGAUUCUUGUGGUUCUGAAAAAUCAAGCCGUUGCCGAUGGAAUCCUCAAUCCGGAUUCGUACGCCCCGGGGAUGCACUUUUUUGAAGCCAAACCACUAAUUGAUCAGAGCAAAGUAUUUCGAAUUUUGAAGGCCAUGCCCAAAGGCUCGGUGCUCCAUCUGCAUACCGCAGCGGCUGUCAGUUCCGAGUGGAUCAUAAAAAAUUUAACCUACCGGCCAGAAGCGAAAAUUUGCAAGGCGGACGGGAGAUUUUAUCUUACUGCCAGAGCAUUUAAAUUGUGUUCAGAGGACUCGCUGAACAGUAUUCAAGCGCUUCGGACGGAAAACGGCACGAGUGCGCUGUUCGAUCGUUGGUUGGAAUCACUGAUCAAUUUGAAAUAUAAUAGUUUGGAUACUAUUCACGUGGACAUCAAUACCGUUUGGGUAGAGUUUGAACAAAUGUUUUCCACUAUCAAGGAGUUUCUUCUCUACAAGCCAUUCUUCGAGGCGUUCUGCUCCCGGAUGCUGCAAGAAUUCUUCGAGGAUAAUGUUUUCUACAUUGAACUGCGGACAACGUUCUCGAAGCUGUACGAUUCGAGCGGGAAAUCCUACGAGGACUUUGAGGUGGCCAAAAUUCUAACAAACGUCGUGGAUACGUUCAAGGAAGCACACCCUGAGUUCAUCGGCGUAAAAGUGAUUUAUUCGAAGCACCGGGAGACCGGGAACGGAACUGCAUAUGAUUUGUUGAUGACUUAUACAAAUUUGACCACGCAGUUCCCAAAUCUCGUCGUCGGUUUCGACCUGGUUGGUCAGGAGGACAUCAACUUUCCACUGAAUGUAUUCUUGAAGGAUUUACACGAAUUUCAGAAGUCUAGCCUGUACUUCUUUCACGCCGGAGAGACAAACGGUUACGGCAGUGACGCCGACUUGAACCUCAUCGACGCGGUACUGCUGAACAGUCGCCGCAUCGGACACGGAUACUCACUGUACAAACAUCCGGUACUUUGGCGAGCGGUUAAAAGCAAGUCUAUACCGCUGGAAGUUUGUCCCAUUUCCAAUCAAGUGCUGCGACUGGUGAAUGAUCUGCGGAAUCACCCGGCUGUCUUUUAUGUUUCUGAGAGCGUCCCUAUUGUUAUUUCGUGUGAUGAUCCGGGAUUCUGGGACAGCAAAGGGGUCAGCUAUGAUUUUUACUAUGCGCUAAUGUCGAUUGCCCCCAAAACCGCGGGCAUUGGUUUCCUCAAGCAAAUUGUUUGGGACUCAGUGAAGUACAGUGCUUUAACAUCGAACGAGAGAACUUCGUUCUCAAGAAUAUUACAAGCCAGGUGGGAUGUAUUCUUGGACGAUUUAAUAUCUGGUAACCUGUCUAGCUUAUAAACACUUCUCCACUAGUUUGAGCGUGUGCGCUGAAUAAAGUUUCUGCAACAUAUCACAAUUUGAUCGUAACAUCUUCUAAAACCGUGUGUACCUCGUUCCUACAAGCAAAUGUAUUGAGAAUGAUGAAAAUAAAUCUAAGUGGAAUUACACUUACAAAGUAAGGAUCGAAUAUAAUUUUAUCCAAUUCUUUCCUACGAUAGUUUCCCAACAAUUCGAUUCGUGCUCGACAGUUUUUCGGAGCCAGCUCAAGCAAAUCUUUUACAUUUCCUUCAUCCAUCCCGAAGACUACAUCGAAUCGCUCGAAAUCCUCGCUCCCAAUCUGACGCCCAAUAUGAUCCGAAUCUAA